CUGAAGGAAUACUUAUUUCACAAGAGAAUAGAAGAGACAGAGUGACAGAGACUCUCUCAUAUGCCCUUCAAUAAUUGAAGCUUCCUACCUAUUUCUCACUGUCACACUGUCAUCAUCCCUAGGUUUUAUAUUACUCCAUGCCACCUUUAAUUUCAAAAAAAAAUCUCAUACUUGAGAUUUAAAUAAUAAUAUGGUAUAACUACCUUAUCAACAUGAAUCUUACCAAGCUGCCCCUCUGUAGGAACCAAUAGAAUUUGUUUGUAACAGAAGUAUGCUGGUCAAUCUCAAUGCUGUCACAUACAAUCCUAGAGGGAGAUUGGAUGGAAGGGGUGCAAUCAUUUUUUGGAUUGAAAUGAUCUAAGAAGGCAUUCACAAGAAGAAAUGAGACUCUGAAUUUGGUUUUGACCCCAAAUGGAAAAUGGGGUAUUUUUGGAAUCCAAACAACAUAUGGGGAAUCAGAGGGAAAAUGGAAAAAGAAAAAAAGAAGUAUAGAAAAGGAUGGGUCGGUAAUUUUGGAGAGAAUAAGGCCAGAUAUCUUAGCAUGCAACUUGUUGUCUCCUUUCAUUUCCAGCUCACAAAUCUUGUUGGUGUUUGAUAUGCCCUCCCUCCAAACACACCCACAUGAAAAUUAUUAAUUCAAUCUCUCACUCUUUCUCCCCCCCUCUCUCUCUCUCUCUCAUUAUUUUCCUUUCUUUAGUGAGAAAUAUCUCUACCUACAUAUCCCCAUCGAUAUUUCUCUCUUCUUUGCUCUCUUCUUCUCUUAUAUAUCUCCCUUUGAGUUUCCAACUUUUUGUCACAGCCUUUUGUUCCCAAGCCAAUUGAGCAAUCCAUAUCAUUCUGAGAAUGAGAGAAAUUCUCCAUAUCCAAGCUGGGCAAUGCGGGAACCAAAUUGGUGGCAAGUUUUGGGAGGUGGUAUGUGAUGAGCACGGCAUCGAUACCAAGGGGAAUUACGUUGGUGAUUCUCAUCUGCAGCUUGAGAGGGUGAAUGUCUACUACAAUGAGGCCAGUGGCGGACGGUAUGUGCCUAGAGCUGUGCUCAUGGACCUCGAGCCAGGGACCAUGGACAGCUUGAGGACUGGCCCCUAUGGCAAAAUCUUUAGGCCUGAUAACUUUGUGUUCGGCCAAAACGGAGCUGGAAACAACUGGGCCAAGGGGCAUUACACUGAGGGGGCAGAGCUGAUUGAUUCUGUUCUAGAUGUUGUUCGCAAAGAGGCCGAGAAUUGUGAUUGCUUACAAGGCUUCCAGAUUUGCCAUUCCCUCGGCGGCGGCACUGGAUCCGGAAUGGGAACCCUGCUUAUAUCCAAGAUCAGAGAAGAAUACCCUGAUCGGAUGAUGCUCACUUUCUCCGUCUUCCCUUCACCCAAGGUCUCUGACACCGUCGUUGAGCCCUACAACGCCACCCUCUCCGUCCACCAACUCGUGGAGAACGCCGACGAGUGCAUGGUCCUCGACAAUGAAGCUCUCUACGACAUUUGCUUCCGAACUCUCAAGCUCACCAAUCCAAGCUUUGGGGAUUUGAACCAUUUGAUCUCCACCACCAUGAGCGGCGUAACAUGCUGCCUCCGCUUCCCCGGCCAGCUCAACUCCGACCUCCGAAAACUGGCGGUCAAUCUUAUCCCAUUCCCGCGAUUACACUUCUUCAUGGUGGGUUUUGCACCCCUGACGUCGCGUGGAUCACAGCAGUACCGGGCCCUCACCAUCCCGGAGCUGACACAGCAAAUGUGGGAUGCGAAGAACAUGAUGUGUGCGGCUGACCCGCGACACGGCCGGUACCUGACCGCCUCAGCGAUGUUCCGGGGGAAGAUGAGUACUAAAGAGGUUGAUGAGCAGAUGAUCAAUGUGCAGAACAAGAACUCCUCGUACUUUGUUGAGUGGAUACCAAACAAUGUGAAGUCAAGCGUCUGUGACAUCCCUCCGACUGGGUUGGCCAUGUCGUCGACGUUCAUGGGGAACUCCACGUCCAUCCAGGAGAUGUUCCGCCGGGUGUCGGAGCAGUUCACGGUCAUGUUCAGGAGGAAGGCGUUUUUGCAUUGGUACACUGGAGAGGGAAUGGAUGAGAUGGAGUUCACAGAGGCGGAGAGCAAUAUGAAUGAUCUGGUGUCAGAGUAUCAGCAGUACCAGGAGGCGGUGGCGGCGGAGGAUGAGGAAGAGUACGAUGAAGAAGUGAUGGAGAACUAGAUUGGUGGCGGUGGUGGUGGUUGAUGUCACUGGGUUAUGGGUGUGGGGUUUGGCUGGCAAAUAAUCGAGGAGGGUGGGGUGCUUGUGUAUUCAAUAUUUGGGGUUUGGUAUCCCUAUGAUUGUGAAUUUGUGAUUUUAUUUUUUAUUUUUUGUCCGUUAUUUAUGUGAUUUGUGAGUUGUGAGUAUAAGUUUUGUACUUGAAACAAGUAAAUCACUCUGUUAAAAGGGCUUGUUCAUCAGACCCCUUCAUUUC